CACACACAUUUAAAGCACUUCUCCCUUUUCAGAAAAUGCCUGACUCUCUCUGAACCAUUCAGCAUCCAUAGAGCUCCAGGAGUUGACGUCACUUCUCCCGGCAUGCAACAGUUCAAAUCGCACGGCGCCAUCUUGGCAGGCAGAAGCCCACAGCUAGGCUAUUGGUUGUCAUAAAACUCAAAUAUGGUAGAUUCCUUUGUGCCCCAGGAUGCCAGAACAGACGGGGACAAGAUAAGGGAAGAUCCUUCUACAGGAUUCCCCAAGAUCCGGAAUGCCGCAAACGUUGGAUCAUCGCAAUGAAACGCGCUAGCCUCCAGGGUAAAAUGAAGUUGUGGGAUCCCGAGAGUAAAGGUUUUCGCUUAUGCAGUGACCGCUUCAUAUCAGGUACUUAAACCAACGUUUCCUCAACUGUGUAUGGUAUUUAUUUUAAAUGCUUUUAUUACGAUACUUAGUGGGCUUCCUAAACUUAUUUUGGCAUGGCUUUUUCUGUCUUAUUACUCAUAGCAACAAGUAAACAUCACGUAAAACGUUGACUCGUGACUUCUGCGUGCCUCUGUUUACGUGUUUUAUGAUCACAGAAAUUAACCGGCUAAGCUGUAUUUCAUUUUUAAGCAAUGGUUGAUCAAUUGUCAGAUCACACAUAAAAAGCACUUUGGAUUGCUAUUAUCUAUCUCACCGAGACAGAUCUCAGACAGAUCCUGAGACGCUCCUGCCUGACAUAUUUAUUUUAUUCACGGAUAAAAUCAGACUAGUGAUUUCUCUUGGCGUUCAGUUUAUACAUUCAAACAGCACAGCACUCUAUUUAACUUACAUGUAAAUCUAUGUUAUUUGUGUUUUUAAUUAGUUUUAUGGAUUUGUGCUGAAAUGUACAAAUGAUGACUUCAUCUGUUAACAGAAAAAUUUAUUUAUCUUCAGGUGCAAAGUGACCUGGUACCUACCAUCGACAUAUACAUAUAUGGACAAUGGGUUUCCAUAGACUCCAAUAACACGUUUUGGAAGAGAAAUGGGAGGUGGCCACCACCGCCAUUUUGACUGUGUCACAGGUUCCGUCAAGCCCAGACAAUUCCACAAAAGGGAAGAGAGGUGGAGCUGAGGGUGGGGCUGUAAGGCUGGGAUCAAGUGACGACACCCGGUCAAACUUGCUACAAGCUAACCUGAAGCUAACCCAAAGCUAACACAGAGGUGAGAGCUAAGGUAACGGAGGUAGCAACCUAGCUACAACCGGAGUUAACUGUGCACAACACCAGAGCUUCUGAGUCAGAGAUACGCCGGGCUGACUGCUGGGUAAAACCGGGUGGAACACAGAGGUCUCCGAGAGCUCCACAAGCCGGCAGCCGCACAGCAGACAAGUGCCGCUACGAUCUGAGAUGCACAGAGUUGCCGCUAGGGAGAACCGGGUGGAAAGGUUUCCAUCCCAGAGCUCCACAAGCCAGCAGUCCGCGCAGCAGACAGAAGCCGCGAUCAGACAGAGAUACGCCGGGCUGCAGGGAGGGGAGAACCGGGUGGAAAACAUCGGUCUCCCGAGAGCUCCACAAGCCGAUAGUGGGAACCCAGCUCCACCAACAUGUUAUAUUUCAACCCAUUUUCUAAAGUGCAGCAUUAUGUUAAAUGCACUGGGUUUUACCCUAUUACAUUUAAAUUUCAUGGUUAAACAGUACAUGUUAAAAUCUAAGCUCAGCUCGGCAGUGACCUAAAAUACAUAAAUAUAAUUUUACUUACCGAAAAAAUGAAGUGGAGACUCCUUGGAUGCUCUAUUAGUGCAAUUAAUGCCACAACAAGUCAUUUUGUCCAACAAUUGCACAAAUAAUAUCAAAAAAAGAACGCACAAAUGCUACAACUACCCCGAAAGUGAUUAGAAUAAGAUGUAGUGAUUUCUCUUGUCUUUGUGAGGAUUAAAAGCGUCGUUGGAAGCGGAUUAAAAGAGAAAGAAGAAGAGGAUUUUUUUUCAGUCAUAAAGUUUAUAGUAGGUUUUCUAUCUUUGUAUCAUGAGUCAUGCGACUGAAAAUGGUGAUUUGCUUCCGGACUGGUUUGAUCUGAGUGGACUUUCAGAAAUGAGUGAAGCAGAUGCAAAUGAUUAGAUUUUAGAUUUAAUUCUAGCCUGCCAAACUCCUCCUGUUGUCAGAGCCGGAUUAACGCAAAGGCAAAGUAGGCACGUGUCCUAUGAUAGAAUUUGUAGAGAGGACUCAUCCUCUCUAGAAUCUAUUUCAAUAUUUAUUAACUAAAAAUAGUGACAAUGUUUAUCUUAACCAUAGACUGUUACAUGCGCUAUGUCACAUUAACGCCAGCCUAUCACAGUAGCCUACAACUUGGGCGCCACCCAAUUAAGGACGUCAGAGAACGAAGCGGUCAGAGUGAGAGCGGGACCAUCGAGCGGCUGCGGGACACGACUAAGCUAGUAGCAGGUGUUUUAGGUUAACUUUCGCGAUGCUUUCGGGUGUGGCAAAACGUAAAAAGAAAAAAAGAGAAGAGGAACAAAAGGGGAAACAGCGGGGGGCUCUAAAGAAGUUUCUGUCGGGCUGCUCGGUCAGCCGUCCGACAGCUGCGGACCUUCUGGAGUCAGCGGAGCCAGAGGCCGGGCCGGAGGAGACACAGCCCAAAGACGAGGUGGAAGAUGCGGCGGGAAAUGCGACGGAAGAUGCUGUGGCGCCAACGCCAUCAACAUCAACGCAGUCGCAGACAGAACUGGAAGGACAGCAGCCAGCCAGAAGUGAGCCCAAUAUACAGCAGGAGCCUCCAGACCCAGAAAGGGUAUUAAGAAGCUACCCAUCUGAUCCUGCAAAAUGGUGUGAAAUUGAUGAGAGGAUGCGUGAGUACUUUGCCCUAAACCAUCCCUCUCAAAAUAUUGGAGAUAUCUCUGCAUCACAGAGGAAAUACAGAGACAUAAACCGAUGCUUAACUAAGGAACAUUUUUUUAGAAAAAAGCUAAAUGGAGAAACGCUGUCAAGAAAAUGGUUAGUGUACUCACCGUCUACUGGAACUGUAUUCGGUUUCUGCUGCAAGUUGUUCAGCGUAAGAGACAAUCACGUAGUCACUGGAUAUAAUAAAAACUGUGCUAAUCGCUUGCAUGAACAUGAGAAUAGUAUGGAUCAUCGUACUGCUGUGCUGAGUCUAUCAUCACUUGGAAAUAAAAAUGCACGCAUAGAUUCAACCAUAGUAAAGCAACAGGAGUCUGAGAGAGCAUACUGGCUCAACAUUUUGAAACGUAUAGUGGCAACUAUUCAGUUUCUUUCUUCAAGAGGACUGCCAUUCCGUGGAGAUGAUGAGUUAAUAGGAUCACCCCACAAUGGGAACUUUUUGGGCUGCUUGGAGUUAAUUAGUCGCUUUGAUCCACUUCUGUCAGAGCAAAUGUGUCUAGCCAGAUAUGGAAACAAGGGCAGGGGACAUAACAGUUACCUGUCCUCUACAGUUUGUGAUGAGUUUAUUCAGCUGAUGGCUGAGAAAGUUCCGCGUGCCAUUGUAAAAGAAGUAAAAGAUGGCAAGUAUUUCUCCAUCAUUGUGGACUCAACACCUGACAUCACACAUGUUGAUCAGCUUACUUUGAUGAUUCGAUAUGUCCUGAAGAAAAGUCGUGAGCCUGUUGAGAGAUUUUUGGAGUUCAUACCUCUACAUGGUCAUACUGCAGAACACAUGGAGGAAACACUCAAAUUUGAAUUAAAAGAACUGGACAUUGAUUUGAUGGACUGUCGUGGGCAGAGCUACGACAAUGCUAGUAACAUGGCAGGGAAAUAUUCUGGUCUCCAAGCAAGAGUAAAAAAUAAAAAUCCUAAUGCUGACUUCAUACCAUGUUCUGCACAUUCUCUUAAUUUAGUUGGUGCAUGUGCAGCAGAAUGUUGCAUUGGAGCAGUUUCAUUUUUUGGCUUCAUUCAAAAUCACUACAACUUCUUCUCAGCUUCAAGUCGGCGGUGGGAGAUUUUAACAGCCCAUCUGACCGCGACGUCACAUGUCGCAUUGGAAAGGCAGCGGCAGUGUUCCGGCGGCUACAGCCAGUCUGGGCGUCUGGGUCCAUCGGGCUACAAGCAAAAAUCCGCCUAUUCAACACGAUCGUCAUUCCAACCGCCAUAUACGGGAGCGAGACAUGGAGGUCGACAGCGGCCAUCACACAGCGCCUCAAUGCGUUCCAACAACGAUGCCUCAGGCGCAUCCUUCACAUUUCCUACCUCGACCACAUCACGAAUGAAGCGAUCCACCACCAAACGGGAACACGCCAACUCGCUGAGGUCGUUGCAGAGCGACGGUUUCGGUUUGGGGGCCAUGUGCUACGAAUGGCUCAAACACGCAUACCAAAAGUGGCCAUGCUGUGGACCCCAGGACGCGGAAAACGGAAACAAGGACGGCCAAAAAUCACAUGGCGCAGAACUUUUAUCGAAGACCUACGUGCCGUGAACCUGUCAUGGGAUGAAGCCGAGGCCGUCGCGGCCGACAGAGCUCGCUGGCGAUUACUUUGCGCCCAAUGCGCCAGUAGGCGCCGGAGGAACUAAGUCUAAGUCUAAGUAAGUCAUCUGACAAAAUGUGAGCAAGGUCUGACGCUGAAGAGCCUUUCCAGCACAAGAUGGUCUGCAAGAGCUGAAGCAACAAAAGCUCUGAGAUUUGGCUACAAAGCUAUACAGGAUGCUUUGAAUGAAAUCAAAGUUGACCAUGAAACCCCCAGAGCUGCUCAAUAUGAGGCAAGUCAAUUAAUAACAGUGAUGGAAACCCUUGAAACUGCAGUUAUGACAGUGCUGUGGGAUGAACUGCUGAGAAGAAUCAAUGUAACCAGCAAAGCAUUGCAACAGGUACACGUUGAUGUAUGUACUGUUCCUAUUCCGAACAGUUCACUCAUAGAAUACAUAGGACAGGCCAGAAAUGAUUUUGAUGUCUAUGAAGCAGAGGUCAAGACUCUCACAGCGACAGAGGGAUACAAAGCAGAUAGCCAAAGGAGAUGAGUAAAGAAAGUUAUGUUUGAUGAGUCUGCAGGUCCAGAGGUGUGGUGCUCUGGCUGUGAAGCAUUCUUGAUUGACACCCAUUAUGUCAUCUGUGACUGCUUGUCACAAGAAUUGAAAAAACGCAAAGAUGCAUACAAAAAGGUGGAGGAGAAAUUUGGUUUCCUUACCAAAAGGAAAUCAAUGAACAUUGAACAAAUCCGUGCAGCCACAGAAAAGUUGAAGAAAAUAUACCCCCAGGAUGUUGAGGAGGACUUUACAGCAGAGUUUUGUCAGUUCAUGUCAAUGGUAAAAGAUGAAGAAUCAGUCACGGCCAUGUACAAGAAAUUUCUAGAGCUAGGCUUGAGGGAUGCUUUUCCUAAUGUGGACAUUUGCCUUCGCAUGUAUCUGACAUUACCGAUUGCAAACUGUUCAGGAGAAAGAUCAUUUUCUGUGUUGAAACAAGUAAAAACACAUCGGAGAGCAACAGUCACAGGAAAAAAACUGAAUGCCUUUGCUCUGUUAGCAAUUGAAAAUGGAUUCACAACUGCACUGGAUUUUCACGACAUCAUCGAGGACUUCACCAAAUCAAAACUCAGGAGAAAGCAUCUGUAAAUGUAAGUUUUUUCUUUUGAAUAAGUAAAGUGAAUAUGAAAAUCAAAUGUAAGAUGCAUACAGUAUAAAUUAAAUGUAUAAUAUUGGGCUAUAUGUUCUACUAUAAUUAAAUGAAAUAUGAGAAACAAACCAAGUUUAUUCAUAUCUGAAACAGCUGUCUUAUGUAUACAUUUUAUUAUUUCAGCACAAGAUUGUGAUUAUGCCGUCAAGACGUAUUUCUGCUGUUCAUAUGUUGCAGUAAAUCACAGCUGUGGAGAAUGGCGACUUAAGAGGAGCAGAGAAGAAGACAGGAGGAGACUGGACAAAAGACGAGCAGACAGGAGGGGGAAACUGGACAGAAGUGCCUUCAUUCAGCUCACCUGGUCCCCUCACCAAGCUCCUGACAAGCCCUGUUUCCCUGGCAACCACCAUCAACUCCAUUCAUCU